UUUAAGCUUUUUCGGAGUUGCCUUUGUUUUUUUUUUUUUCCUUCCAGCUGUUUUCUGUUUCUUGAAAUGGAAAACUUGAAAGCUCCUUUCAAGGGUAUUGCAAGUGAUGUCAAAGGAAGAGCAGCUUGUUACAAACAAGACUGGAUUUCUGGUAUUCGUUCAGGAUUAGGGAUACUAGCCCCAACUGCCUACAUCUUCUUUGCUUCUGCUCUGCCGGUUAUUGCCUUCGGCGAGCAACUGAAUCGAGAUACAGAUGGGAGCCUAAGCACAGUCAAAACGUUGGUGUCAACCGCCCUUUGCGGUGUUGUGCUACACUCGAUAUUCGGUGGUCAACCUCUUUUGAUUCUUGGAGUUGCAGAGCCAACAGUUAUUAUGUAUACAUAUUUGUACAACUUUGCCAAAGGAAGAGAAGACUUGGGGCAAGAAUUAUACUUGGCUUGGACUGGAUGGGUUUGUGUUUGGAUUGCUCUCUUGUUGUUUCUCCUUGCAACGUUCAAUGCUUGCAUGAUAAUUAAUCGGUUCACAAGGGUUGCGGGCGAGCUUUUUGGCAUGUUGAUUAGUGUUCUGUUUAUUCAGGAGGCCAUCAAGGGAUUGCUGAGUGAGUUUCAAGUUCCCGAAGAUCAAGAUUCUAAGUUAGGGAAGUAUCAGUUUCAAUGGCUUUACACAAAUGGACUGUUGGGAAUCGUAUUCUCGUUCGGCCUUCUCUAUACCGCCUUGAAAAGCCAAAGGGCGAGGUCAUGGUGGUAUGGCACAGGGUGGUUUAGAAGCUUCAUUGCAGACUAUGGGGUCCCUUUAAUGGUUGUAGUGUGGACAGCAACGUCUUUUAGUGUACCAAGCAAAGUUCCAUCUGGGGUUCCAAGAAGGCUCUUUAUUCCUCUUCCAGGGGACUCUGCAUCGUUGGGACAUUGGACUGUAAUUAAGGAUAUGGGAAGGAUCCCUUCAUUGUAUAUCUUUGCUGCAUUCAUUCCAGCUGUGAUGGUCGCGGGACUCUACUUUUUCGACCACAGCGUUGCGUCGCAGCUGGCACAACAAAAGGAAUUCAAUCUCAAGAAUCCAUCUGCGUAUCAUUAUGACAUCCUGCUACUCGGAUUCAUGACUUUACUUUGCAGAUUAAUCGGUCUCCCUCCUUCGAAUGGCGUCCUACCGCAGUCUCCUAUGCAUACCAAGAGCCUUGCAAUUCUCAAAGGACAGCUGAUCAGACGAAAAAUGGUGGCGAGUGCGAAAGAAAGCAUAAAGCAGAAGGCUAGCAACUCCGAGAUAUACGGCAAGUUGCAGGCGGUCUUCAUCGAUAUGGACAAGAGUCCGGAAACUGCAGUAGUUAAGGAGCUGGAAGACUUGAAGAAGGUUGUUAUGAAAGGCGAAAACGAAGGAGAAAUCCAGAAGGAAUUUGAUCCCGAAAAGCAUAUCGAUGCGUACUUGCCGGUUCGAGUCAACGAGCAGAGAGUGAGCAAUCUGUUGCAGUCACUGUUAGUAGCUGCAUCAGUAUGUGCUAUGCCUGCAAUCAAAUUGAUACCUACAUCGGUUCUUUGGGGAUAUUUCGCAUACAUGGCCAUUGAUAGUCUUCCGGGAAAUCAGUUCUGGGAAAGGAUGCUACUUCUCUUCAUUACACCAAACAGGCGAUUCAAGGUGUUGGAAGUUGUUCAUGCUUCGUUCGUGGAGUCGGUACCAUACCGAUAUAUCGCGACGUUUACACUCUUCCAGCUCGUAUAUCUUCUGGUAUGCUUUGGUGUGACGUGGAUUCCCAUAGUUGGAAUCUUGUUCCCUUUGCCCUUGUUCCUUCUCAUCAUCAUAAGACAAUACCUUCUCCCGAAGAUCAUCCUCCCGAAUUAUCUCCGGGAACUCGAUGCGGCCGAAUACGAGGAAAUGACCGGAGCCGUCCCAAGAUCAUCCCUUGGCCUCUCUUCGAGGGACAUGGACACAUCUUGUGUUGAGAACGAAGACGAUGGAGCUGAAAGAUUUGAUGCUGAGUUGUUAGACGAGUUGACAACAAGCAGAGGCGAGUUAAAGGUCCGAACCGUUAGCUUCGGAGAGGAAAGGAAAGGCCAGGUUCAUCCAAAUGAAUUUUUUGAGGAAGAAUGAGACGAGUUUGACAAACGUAAUCAAUGACGGACCUAAGAUUUUA